AAAAAAAAAGACAAAGGCUGGAAGAGCGCAGGGGUGUCAUUGAAUUCCAUGUGGUGGGCAAUUCCCUGAACCAGAAACCAAACAAGAAGAUCCUGAUGUGGCUGGUGGGCCUACAGAAUGUGUUUUCUCACCAGCUCCCCCGGAUGCCCAAAGAGUACAUCACACGGCUCGUCUUUGAUCCGAAACACAAAACCCUUGCUUUAAUUAAAGAUGGUCGUGUCAUUGGUGGUAUCUGUUUCCGGAUGUUUCCAUCCCAGGGAUUCACAGAAAUUGUUUUCUGUGCAGUAACCUCAAAUGAACAAGUCAAGGGCUAUGGAACACACCUGAUGAACCAUCUCAAAGAAUACCACAUAAAGCAUGACAUCCUGAACUUCCUCACAUAUGCAGAUGAGUAUGCCAUUGGCUACUUCAAGAAGCAGGGUUUCUCCAAAGAAAUAAAAAUACCUAGAACCAAAUAUGUUGGGUACAUCAAGGAUUAUGAAGGAGCCACUUUGAUGGGAUGUGAGCUGAAUCCUCAGAUUCCAUAUACAGAGUUUUCUAUCAUCAUUAAAAAGCAGAAGGAGAUCAUUAAAAAGCUGAUAGAAAGAAAACAAGCCCAGAUUCGAAAAGUCUACCCUGGACUUUCAUGUUUCAAAGAUGGAGUUCGGCAGAUCCCUAUAGAAAGCAUUCCUGGAAUCAGAGAGACAGGCUGGAAACCAAGUGGAAAAGAGAAAAGUAAAGAGCCCAAAGACCCCGAGCAACUGCACAGCACCCUUAAGAACAUCCUGCAGCAGGUGAAGAGCCAUCAAAGUGCUUGGCCUUUCAUGGAACCUGUGAAGAGAACAGAAGCUCCAGGAUAUUAUGAAGUUAUAAGGUUCCCCAUGGAUCUGAAAACCAUGAGUGAACGCCUCAGAAACAGAUACUAUGUGUCUAAGAAAUUAUUCAUGGCGGACUUGCAGCGAGUGUUCACCAACUGCAAGGAGUACAAUCCUCCUGAGAGCGAGUACUACAAAUGUGCCAGCAUCCUGGAGAAGUUCUUCUUCAGUAAAAUUAAGGAAGCAGGGUUGAUUGACAAGUGAUUUCUUUUCCUUCGACACUCAUCAGCAGUGUGCCUAAAGCAGGUGGUUUAGGUUUGGGCUUUUGUUGUUGUUGUUUAUUUUUAAGAAUUGUACAUCAUGGGUUGAAGAGACUUGUAAUAAUUAGCACUUUUGAAAAACAAGCAAAACCUCUUUUUAGCUUUUCAGAGACGUAUUUAAAUGAAAAUCAUAGAAAUUUUUUUUUAUUUUGUGGAAUAGAUUUUACUCUAUUUACAUAUCUAUCAUGUAAAUUUUCUCUGGCAUGUCCAGUAGCUAACUAUUGCAUGGUAGAUGAU